CUCGGCUGACAUUUUUAUAUUCAAUAUUUUCUAUCGCAGUCCAUUUCCGCUCCUUCCUUACUUGCAGUUUUCUGGCAGCGCCCCUUGGUUCUAUCAAACGCUUGUCCGCUGCGUUCAUGGCGCUUUGUAUGAGUUUGGCGGGGCAGAAGAGUGAAUGCAAAGCGCCCGUUGGUGUCCGUUAGCCGAGCAAAGUUGACGUUAGCAUGGCGUCAGACACAAGUGACGCUGAGGAGUUCUACGAUGCUGCGGAGGAAGUGAACACGAGCCCGUCUCCUAUCGAUUCGCCUGCCAAGUUGGCCAUUCCUGCACCUCAGCCUCAACCAACGCCAGACAACAUCAGCAAUGGAGAAGCAGCGUCAGACGUGCAGCAGGAUGACUCCCUCGAGAUCAUUGACAGCAUCAUCCAGGAGAGCCAGAAAGGAAGCGAAGAAGUCUCUCAGCUGCUGGAUCAACUCCACGUCAGUGUGAACUCAGGACUCUGUAAUGCUCAGGACGGUUCAGCGGUUCAACCGGAACCUGAUCCUCCACUGACCCAGCGACAUCCUGCUGGAGAUGGGGCAAAUGCUCUGCCUGAAACAGAACUUUCAAACCUUAGUGCUGUUCCAACUCAUGCCAGUGUUCAGCCUCCAGACCUGACCAGUACAAUAGGACGGGGGCAAUCUGAUGGGGCAGUGAGCCCCGAAGGAUCUGAUGACAUCUUAGACCGGGACUCUUUAACGGACCGGACAGCUGACUCCGACUCAUCUGGACCCACCAAACCUCCACGACACUGUACUGUAGAACCUGACAUCGUAGCCAGCACCAAGAAGCCUCCACCGUCCCGUCCACCGCCCCCUAGUGGAGGUCCUCCACCCAGACCACCACCCCCUUCAUGGCAGAGUCUCCCUUCCAGGCGAUCACAGGAGAGUGUGAGAGCCAGCGGGCUGGAAGUGUCGCAGUUGAGUCCUGUCAACUCUGAAGUUCUGGAGCCGUCAGGUCUGGUGUCACCCUGCAGCACUGUGAGAAGUCUGACCAAAGAACUGCAGCAUUCCCUCGACCUUGCUAGUGCCACCAGCGGGGACAAGCUGGUGAAGGCUCAGGAGAACGAGGACGACCCCUCACUGUCCGCCAGUGAUGGACAGAGUCCGGGACCCCGGCGUCCGCGGUCCAACUCUGGCCGAGAACUAACUGACGAGGAGAUCCUUGCCAGCGUGAUGAUCAAAAACCUGGACACUGGAGAGGAGAUCCCUCUGAUUCAGGCAGAGGAGAAACUUCCUGCCGGGAUCAACCCACUGACACUGCACAUUAUGAGGAGGACCAAGGAGUACAUCACGAACGACACGGCCCAGUCCGACGACGACGACAAGUCUCAGGCUCCUCUCGGUGAAGGCGACGGUGGGAAGCUGAAGCAGAAGACAACUCAGCUGAAGAAGUUCUUUGGGAAGUCGGUUAAGAAAGCCAAACAUCUGGCCGAGGAGUAUGGUGAGAAGGCAGUGAACAAGGUCAAGAGCGUUCGAGAUGAAGUUUUUCACACGGACCCGGACGACCCAUCAUCCAGCGAUGACGAGGGGAUGCCCUACACCCGACCUGCCAAGUUCAAGGCCGCGCACAGUCUGAAGGGUCCGUUCGAUUUCGAUCAGAUCAAGGUGGUCCAGGAUCUGAGCGGGGAGCACAUGGGAGCUGUUUGGACCAUGAAGUUUUCUCACUGUGGACGUCUGCUAGCCACAGCUGGUCAGGACAACGUGGUCCGGAUCUGGGUCCUGAAGUCGGCCUUCGACUACUUCAACAACAUGAGGAUCAAGUACAACACUGAAGGUCGAGUGUCCCCGUCACCAUCGCAGGAGAGUUUGUGCUCGUCCAAGUCUGACUCUGAUCCCUGUGCCCUUGGAGGUCCAGAAGAUCCGGAGACAGAUGACCGGAACGCACCCUUUCGCCAGGUUCCUUUCUGCAAAUACAAGGGUCACACAGCCGACCUGCUGGACUUGUCCUGGUCCAAGAACUUCUUCCUGUUGUCUUCGUCGAUGGACAAGACGGUCCGGUUGUGGCACAUCUCCCGGAGAGAAUGUCUGUGUUGCUUCCAGCACAUAGACUUUGUCACGGCGAUCGCCUUCCACCCACGGGACGACCGCUACUUCCUCAGCGGCUCUCUGGAUGGGAAGCUGCGGCUCUGGAACAUUCCUGACAAGAAGGUGGCACUGUGGAACGAGGUGGACGGACAGACGCGGCUCAUCACCGCCGCCAACUUCUGCCAGAACGGCAAAUACGCAGUCAUCGGGACAUAUGACGGACGCUGCAUCUUCUACGACACAGAGAGACUCAAAUACCACACUCAGAUUCACGUCAGGUCGACCCGUGGCCGGAACAAAGUUGGACGGAAGAUCACAGGGAUUGAACCUUUACCAGGAGAGAACAAGAUCUUGGUGACAUCCAACGACUCGCGGAUUCGCCUCUAUGACCUUAGAGACUUGUCUCUCUCUAUGAAGUACAAAGGCUACGUCAACAGCAGCAGCCAAAUCAAAGCUAGUUUCAGUCACGACUACUCGUUCAUCGUCAGCGGCUCAGAAGACAAGUAUGUCUACAUUUGGAGCACCUACCACGACCUGAGCAAGUUCACGUCAGUACGCAGGGACCGCAAUGACUUCUGGGAAGGGAUCAAAGCACACAACGCCGUGGUAACAUCGGCCAUCUUUGCUCCGCACCCGGCUCUCAUUGUUCCUCCGGAGGCAGAGAAACCUGAGGUGGAGUGUAAGAGUCUGGACUCGACCGACGCAGAAACCAUCCCCUCAGGGGCACUGAAGACGGAUCACACCGAAGUCCUGCUGUCAGCCGACUUCACUGGUGCCAUCAAAGUCUUCAUCAACGUUAAGAAGUAUUGAGUCUCCAUUCUCUGCAUCUCCUCACAAGUCUGCGGCUGUGAAGCGCCAUGACUCGGUGCCACGACGAUGCCCUUCACCCAGCCAUUAGAGCUUUCCGGUGUGUGCUGAUUGGUCGAGCACAAGUCAAACUGUAAUUGGACUUUUGUAAACAGAACCAAUGAAGCUUUAAUAAGUUCUUCAAUAAAAAUACAUUCAA